AGCGGCACGACCAAAUAGUUGUUCAGUCGGCAACAGUUCGCAGUUGUGCGAGUGUCAGAAGCUUCGAUUGCCCAUUUCACAAUGACUGAGCGGAUGGAGCAGAAAGUUUACAUUAAAUCUUGCCAAAAACUUGGCCAUACAUGUUCAGCGACAAUCGACAUUAUGCGUAAAAUCUAUGGUAACAACUCUAUGAGUGAAACACAAAUAAAAUGGUGGUUUAAUCGAUUCAGAAGUGGCCGUGUCUCAGUGGACAGUCAUCGUCGAGUAGGUAGACCAUCAACGUCGAGAACAGCGGCGAACAUAGAACGUGUGCGAGUCGCAAUCAAGGAAAAUCGUUGUUUGACUGUCAGACAAUUAGUAGAGAACCUUGGAAUUCCAAAAACUACUCUUUCUCGAAUUUUAGUUGAAGAUCUUGGAAUAACUCGCGUGUGUCCAAAAAAAUCCGUUCCAGAAGUGCUGAAGCAAAAUGAAAAGGAUUUUCAAAACGAAGUUACCAAAGACGCCUUGGAAUCCAACCAAAAAGAUUCUGAGUGCCACACUGCAAGCUGUGAACCUCCAGUAGAGUGCUCGGGAACCACCAUCCACAGUUCGUGUAAUGGAGCUCCUUCAUCUCCAAACCAAACUGAGAUAAAUUCUUGUGAGGAUAUUGAAAUUAAAACAGAUGUGUAUGCUGAUGAGACGAUGAUAGAUGACAGCAGAGUACAGGGAUUCAAAAGAGAAUUGGAAGCAGAUAAGAUUCUUGGACUCUCAGCGGACGACAAUGGAAAAUUAAUGUAUUUGAUACAAUGGAAAGGAACAGAUGCAGUUGACAUGGUGUCUGCCAGUGAAACCAAUGUCAAGUGUCCUCAAAUUGUUAUCCGAUUUUAUGAGGACAGAAUAACGUGGAAAAGAACAAAAAGUAAAACCGUAGUAGAUGAGUUUUCUUGAAAAAGUCAGGUUCUGCAUUUUUUUACCUUUAUUGUAAUUUAUAGGUGCGAUUAAAGUUUUAUUACAAAUGCCUUAAAGCAUUUAAUUGAAGAUAUAAUUUUAUUAAUUAACUGAUAAAAAAAUGUUUCGAUGCAUUUAUAGUAUCACGUUAACCAUGCCUGUAUGAAAAG